GUGACGCGUCAGGUGAACGAGGUCAACGAUCUGACCUCUCAAGCCGGACAGCAGGCCGCAGGCACCACGGAGACGGUUGGCGCCCUGAACGAGACGGCCGACAAGAUCGGCGAGGUGAAGAACCUUGCGACCCAGACGGCGAAGGCGACGGAGGAUAUCGGCAAGCGGAUCUCCGAGAUGCAGGGCAUCUCUCAGGAGACGGUGCGCGCCAUCGAAGGUAUCCGCCAGGCGAUCGAGAACGUCACCGGCAUCGCCACGACGGUGGCGGCCGCGGUCGAAGAGCAGAACGCCGCGACCUCCGAGAUUGCCCGCAGCGCCCAGGAAGCCGCCGCCGGCGUCGGCGUCUCGGCCGAGGGCAUCGAAGAGGUGAGCGAGGGCAACCGCAACGCCCGCGCCGUGGUCGGCCAGAUCGCCGAGGCCAGCGGCCAGCUGGUCUCCCACACGGACGACCUGGGCGCCGCCGUUACAGGCUUCGUCGCCAAG